CCAGCUGCCCGUGCAUUGGUCCCGACUCGGGUGCCUCGCCGUCGGCUCCCCGUUAUUGGUGCAUCCGGCCGCCGCCUGCGCUGGAUGAUGCUGCCUCGGCAUCCGUGCUCUACAUCUACAUAGGAGCUCCGGCUGUCUUUGGCUUGCGGGCUGCGCUUAAACGUGGCGGAGAACAGCAUUUCGGAGCGGAGUAAGCUGCCCCAGCGAGCCGGGGAGGCGUUAUUCUCUAGCGCAUUUGCGGCCGAAAGGCGAAUCUGCCUGUAGCUGUAAAGCUGUCACACCCAUCGCUCGGAUAACAAAGAUCCGGGCUGAAGAUCCGCAUGUUUCUUUGCUUCGAUUACAUAAAGGACAAUGGCUGCUAAUUCAGCAACAGUGCGGAUCCUGAUCAAAGGCGGGAAGGUGGUCAAUGAUGACUUCACCCAGGAGGCGGACGUCUACAUCGAGAACGGCAUCAUCCAGCAGGUGGGCCGGGAGCUUAUGAUUCCUGGCGGAGCAAAGGUCAUAGAUGCCACAGGCAAGCUGGUGAUCCCGGGCGGCAUCGACACCAGCACACACCUGCAGCAGACCUUCAUGAAUGCCACUUCUGUGGACGACUUCUACAGUGGCACCAAGGCGGCCUUGGCUGGGGGCACGACCAUGGUGAUCGGCCACGUCCUGCCAGAGAAGGACGCCUCUCUGCUGGAGGCCUACGAGAAGUGCAGGGCCUUGGCCGACCCCAAGGCCUGCUGCGACUAUGCCCUACACGUUGGCGUCACCUGGUGGGGGCCAAAGGUGCACGCAGAGAUGGAGACGCUGGUGCGGGAGAAAGGUGUCAACUCCUUCCAGAUGUUCAUGUCCUACAAGGACAUGCUGAUGCUGAGGGACAGCGAGCUGUACCAGGUCUUCCAGACGUGCAAGGACAUUGGGGCGGUGGCCCGAGUCCAUGCCGAAAACGGAGAGCUGGUGAACGAGGGUGCAAAGGAGGCUCUGGACCUGGGCAUUAGCGGUCCAGAGGGCAUCGAGAUCAGCCGGCCGGAGGAGCUGGAGGCGGAGGCUACGCACCGAGCCAUCACCAUUGCCAACAGAGCUCACUGCCCCAUCUACCUGGUCAAUGUGUCCAGUAUGUCAGCGGGGGAUGUUGUGGCCACAGCCAAGAUGCAGGGUAAGGUGGUCCACGCAGAGACGACCACAGCCCAUGCGGUCCUCAACGGUCUGCAUUACUACCACCAGGACUGGUCACAUGCUGCUGCCUAUGUCACUGUGCCCCCACUGCGCUUGGACCCCAACACGCCAAACUACCUGAUGGGUCUGCUGGGAAAUGAUACUCUGAACGUUGUGGUCUCAGACCACCGUCCCUUCACCACCAAGCAGAAGGCUAUGGGCAAAGAGGACUUCACUAAGAUUCCACACGGUGUGCCCGGGGUGCAGGAUCGGAUGAGUGUGGUCUGGGAGCGGGGUGUGGUCGGAGGCAAGAUGGACGAGAACCGCUUUGUGGCUGUGACAAGCUCUAAUGCCGCCAAGAUCUACAACCUAUACCCCAGGAAGGGCAGGAUUAUCCCAGGAGCUGAUGCUGACGUGGUCGUCUGGGACCCUGACGCAACCAGGACUAUCUCUGCGAGCACUCAGCUGCAGGGAGGUGACUUCAACCUGUACGAGAGCUUGCGCUGCCACGGCGUGCCCCUGGUCACCAUCAGCCGUGGCAGGGUGGUGUGCGAGAAUGGCGUCUUCAUGUGUGCCGAGGGCUCCGGGAAAUUCUACCCCCUCAGGACUUUCCCCGACUUCCUCUACAAGAAGAUGAUCCAGAGGGAAAAGUGUCAGGUCCUGAAAGCAGUGGACCGUGCUCCGUAUAUCGGAGAUGUUGCCAUAGUGCAUAACUCUGGGAAAAAGGAGACAGGAGGUCCGGACGCGGACACCCCCACCCGACCCUGUACCCGACAUGGGGGCAUGAGGGACCUACACGAGUCCAGCUUCAGUCUGUCUGGGACCCAGGUGGAUGAUCACGUUCCAAAGAGGUCUUCAGCCAGGAUUCUGGCUCCCCCAGGUGGCCGGUCCAGUGGCAUCUGGUAACCACGGAAACAACCACAGCGGGACCAAGCGCAAGACCUGCAGUUCAGUACAGUGCUACUAUGAUACAACACAAACACAUCAGUCUUCAGUAAAUUAAUGUCCAACCAGAAAAAAACUGCACUGAUUUUGUUUUGAAAAAACGCUAUAAUCUCUGAAACACAUUUUAUGAAGGAAAGAAAAUUGCACCAUUUCCUGAGAAGGUUUUACAAUGAAUUUUAGAUUUUACCCACCAAUGUGGUCUUAGAGAAAAGGCUCGUUAUGAAAUUUGACUUUUUCAUGGAUGCUGCGCAUAUGUGAAUGAUAAAACCAGUACAGUUUUUAUUGGUUUGGUGUUGACUGGGGUAAUUUAUCGAUACUAGGAACAGACAAAAUACAUAGAUAUGUAUAGAUGUAGGGUAGUCAUGAUGCGAUGUGAUUUCUGUUAUGGUGUCUUCUUGGGUACAUAUGAAAAAGUAAACCCUCCGACUUAUUUAUCUAUCAUCUGUGAGGAGUUUCAGCCAAGGAACCUGGAUCCUCUAAUGAAGUCCCUCAAGCCCCUUGCUUUGAUGUGAGCAUCCAGAUUCCUGUUGAGUUGCACGUUGCCGUUCUUUAAUAUGACCUCCUGUAGUUAUACUGCACACCCCUAACCAUCGCACUCGCUGUGUCCUUACAGUCUGCUCAGGCACCCGUACUUAACAUUGUGUUCAUUUUUUGAAGCCCAAGAGAAACAAAAUCCAAAGGCUUCAUUACAUUUUUCUAUAUACUUUUAGCAGGUCCAUUCUGUACUUGUCACCGAGACUUAGUCUGUUAUCUGACAAGCACGAACCAGUCCAUAUACACUUGUAGGGCAUGUGGUUUUUGGCAGGAUCGGCAGCCAUGUUUACAGAGAACACGCUCCCAUUUCUCCUUCCCGAAGCAGGUCCAUGUCACGUGACUGGGGUGACACCUUCCUUGGACAGCCAUCUGUCUUGCUUUGUACAUCCUUAUAUGUGACUUGCCUGUCUUCAGUUGAUUUCCCUGUUUCAUUUUCUCGGUUUGGGUCAUGGACGACAAUGCUUUUGCUUUCUGUUGACUGUAAAAGUGAUAUUUGCGUUUGCAUAUUUGAGUAUUUCAUGCAGCUACGCGGCCGUCAUGCAGCUACGCGGCCGUCCAGCACUACUUUCUGUCCUCCAUAUGAUCACAUAUCUUUUCCAAAAAAUAGACCAACACAGAUGCAGUGACCUGAAUCCUUUCAGCAGUUUUAAGUGACGUUAGCAGUGAAUCACAGUGUGUUUCCAGAUCCUUCGCUUCACAUACACGUCCACAGAGACUAUAUUCCAUUGGAUGGGCUCUGUGUCUUAUGCAGUGUAUGGUCUAGGUGCUUACAGUGAGUGUUAGGGUUCAAACUGCCACCAGAAUGUUCCAGUACUACAACACCUAUGGUCACAUGACAGGCCUAUUUUUUAUUUAUUUAUUUUUUAAGGGGGGUGGCUGUUCUGUUACCAGGAUCUGUUCUGCAGUCAGUGGGGGAAGGUGGAUGUGUAACCCACACCUUGUUCUGUUUUCCAAAGCUGACGGCAUGUUAUUAUGAGACCUGCAUGAACGGCAUGACAACAGAGAGGGCUCCAGGGGAGGGGCAGGAACAGCAUAGGCAAGCCGGGGAGCAUGAUCACUGCGUUACUGAACGCUAACAUUUUAGAGAGAAAUGGCUUUUAGCCAGGGCUCUGGUCACCUGUCACCUGAAAAGGUUCUCUUCACAUAUUCCCAGUUUAUCCAUAACGUGUUAUUUAAAGUGCUUUAAGCCUUUGUUAUGACUUGUGAGUAUCAAUAAAGGUGUAUAUGAUCAAAA